AUGCCCUUCAGAAAGCUGCCUUUUUAACCAUAUGACACUUUGUACUGAGCAAUCAAUGUGAGUAACCCUUCACCCUUUUCCUCAUCUGCACUCUUUCAAUACAUAGGAGUACUAUCUAUGCCUUUUCUUAUUUGGGUUUUUUCAAAUAAAUUAGUGGAGUACUAUUCUAUUUUAUCACUUCUUUUAUUCUUUUUACAUAAUUUACCUGCAUUUUGCUCAUAAAUGUAUAAAUGCCAAACCCCCUUUCAGUUUCGGUCCUUCCUCUUCUUGAUUCCUUUUGGGUAUUCUCCCUUUCUGUUUCUCUUGACCAUUAAUAGCACCAAUUUCUUGAAUUUCCUCUGCUUGAUUCACUGAAAGUUGGAAUCUUUUAUUGGUUUAAGAAAAGCUAAUUUGGUAGCAAGUUUUCAAUAGGGUUACAUUGGCUUUAUUCUCUCUAUUUUAUUAGCAAAGGGUUUGAUUUUUAUUUGAUCUGUUUGAGUGGUUUUUGGGAUUUUCCUUUCAUGAGAAACCAACAUUUAUUAUGUGGGUUUGAGAUUUAAGUGUAAACCCCUUUGGGUGAAAGUUGUAAAGCUGUAAUCUUUCUGAAAUUCUCUUUCUUUGUUGAAGUUUUUCAAUUUGGGAUUUUUUUUGGCUGGUAAUGCUAAUUGAAGAUUGGGGAAAUGGCUACUUUGGUACCUGGUGUGUUAUUGAAGCUUCUUCAGCAUAUGAACACAGAUGUGAAAGUUGCUGGUGAGCACAGGUCAUCUCUAUUGCAAGUGGUUAGCAUUGUACCAGCAUUAGCAGGUGGUGAGCUUUUCCCAAACCAAGGUUUCUACUUAAAGGUAUCGGAUUCUUCUCAUGCCACUUAUGUAUCUUUGCCUGAUGAACAUGAUGAUCUUAUUCUUAGUGAUAAGAUUCAAUUAGGUCAGUUUAUUCAUGUUGAAAGGCUUGAAGCUGCUUCACCUGUGCCUAUACUUAGAGGGGUUCGGCCGAUCCCCGGCCGACAUCCUUGUGUUGGAACUCCUGAAGAUAUAGUUGCAACUCAUUCUUUAGGUUUCCUAAAUAACAAUGCUAAUUUGUCACCUGGUUCGAAAUCACAAGAUAAGACUAAGUCAACCUCGAAAGCAUUGGCAAAUAAUCAUGUGGGGGUGAAAGACAAUAACAAAUCUGCAGUUUCUAGAUCAAAUGGUGGCACCAAAGAGGAAAAAGUGGAAAAGAAGAAGCCUAGUUUGACUUGGUCGAAGUCUCACUUGUCGAAGUUAGCGUUAAAUGUAGUGGAUAGGAAAGAUUCUCUAAUGAAAUUAAAGUCUUCUAGCUCAAGAUCAAUACCCACAUCUCCUACGAGUUGUUAUUCAUUACCAACUUCUUUUGAGAAGUUUUCAAAUGGGGUUAAGCUACAAGCAAAGGUUAAGGGCUUAGAACGAUUGGAGAAAGCAACAGCUAAACCUGGACCGGAGAAGCCAAGUUCUGUUCGUGGGGUGAGUCCAACACCGAAGAGAGUGCUGAGCGGGAAUUCAUUGAAGAAUAUUGUUAAAGGGUUUGACUUGGAGCCUAAGGCCUUGAGGAAGAGCUGGGAAGGGAAUAUGGAUUUAAAGAGUAGAGAAAGUCCAAGGUUGAGGGUCAACAAGCAUGAUUUGAAACCUGAAACAAGGAGCACUUCUGUUCCAAGAAAAUCAAUCAGUGAGAAACUGACAUAUAAAGAAGAUAACAGGGGAAUGCUCGCAAAAUCAUCCAAAGAGGAGAAUAAGGUUCAAACAUCCUUAAAGAAGAUUUCCACAAAUGGAGAGCCUGUUGAUGCUGAGAAAUCAAGUAAGCAGAAAACAUCCAUGGGAAGAAAGCUACCUGGGGAGGUCAAUAAUAGCUUAGGAGAAAACUUGGUCAAAGUUGCUGUCAGUAAUAGAACUUUAGCAGAUGGAAAUGUUGCCUGGUCUUCACUCCCAUCUUCUCUGGCAAAGAUGGGAAAGGAAGUCAUGAAGCACAGAGAUGCUGCACAGAUAGCAGCCAUUGAGGCUAUGCAGGUGGCUUCGGCUACAGAAAGCUUACUUAGAUGUUUAAGCACAUAUUCUGAGUUGAGCUCCUCAGCAAAGGAAGAUAACCCGCAGUCUGCUGUUGAGCAAUUCUUGGCGCUGCAUGCAAGUUUGAAGAAUGUUCGUCUUGUUGGUGAGUCGUUAUCCAAGACCAUGCCAGCUGAUUCAGCAUCAGAUCAUGAAGAAAACCCAUCCGAAGAAGAACUUAAGGUUGUGUCACAAAAACGUAAACAGGCAGCUCUAUGGGUCAAUGCUGCAUUGGCUACCAAUCUGUCAUCCUUCACGGUGUAUACCAAAAAAGUAACUUCAAGUCCAGGUGCCACUUCAGCUGCCUUGCCAAGCCCAAAGAUUAUGGCUGGAAAUCUACCUAUGCUAGUCCUUGACAACUCAACCAAAAAUGCACCUGCAAAAAACCAAGCCAAACCCCGGCCAACAGUCAGUUCUAAGAUUCAGUUAUCAGGUUAUCAACGGCGCUUAACGGAUGGGGUAGCUGCUAAUCAGAAGCCAAAAUCUCCACCUCCAGCGGAUUGGGUCAGAGGAGACGGUCUUGAAGAGACUGUGGACUUGGCCGAGAUGUUAAGAAUGGCGUCCCAAGACUGGUUCUUAGGAUUUGUAGAAAGGUUCUUGGAUGCUGAUGUGGAUGCCUCAGCUUUAUCAGAUAAUGGUCAAAUAGCCGGCAUGUUAUCCCAGCUGAAGAGUGUGAAUGACUGGUUGGAUGAGAUUGGAACUAACAAGGAUGAUGAAAGUCCCGAAAUCGAUUCUGAGACCAUCGAUAGGAUAAGAAAAAAGAUCUACGAAUAUCUUCUCACUCACGUGGAAUCUGCUGCUGCAGCUCUUGGUGGUGGAUCACAAGUGUCACCUACAAUAGAAACCAAAACAAGAAGAUGACUUACUUUGAUUGCAUAAUGCAUAAUACUGGCAACUCACCUUUGAUAUGAGAAGCAUGCUCCAGUAGCCCCUUCAACCACCAAGUGGUUAAAAGAGCUGAGAAGUUUUAGGAUGUAUAUAGAUUCUAAAGUUGGUCGAGGUAGAGUAGUUAGUAUAUAUAUUGUGCAGACAGGGAGUUACAUGAUGUUCAAGAUUUCCUUUCUUCUUUACCUGGAAACUUAUUCUCAUAAAUUAUAAAUAGCUUAACAUUUUGAGUAUACACUGAUGUGGUGUUCUGGAGAAAAGGGAAGAUGUCUUUUUUCCUUACCUUGAAUGAGUGACAUGAACCUGUUAUUGAAAUUAACCUUAUAGUUCACCAUAACAUUAUGCA